AUGCCCCCCAAAGCCGCAGACCAGAAGCGAAAACGAGGUCGCCCCUCAAACGCGUCCAGAUCGGCCGACGCGUCGCCAGGUUCUCCCGAAGCUGUAGAAACGGAAGAAGCAACGGCACCAGCGAAACGCGGUCGACCAAGCAAACAAAAGGAGGUCGAGGUGCCAUCUCUCACCGAGGAAUCGAAACCCAAAAAGAGGGGUAGACCAGCCCGAGAAGCUGCAGCAGAAGAAGAACCGAAUGAGGAGGAACCCAAACCGGCGCAAACGAAACCGAAAUCGAAGAAGGCCAACAAGAACAAUUCAAACGAUGCUGAGGAAGAGGCAGACAAACACACAUCAAAAAGCCAAGGAGACAAAACCGCCGUACGAGGCAAACCAGGUCGGAAGCCAAGAAAGGAGACGAACGAGGAGGCCCAAGACGAGAACGAGGCUAGCACAAGCAACGCAGCGAAGAAGAGAUCUGGUCGGCCGGGAAAGGCAGUGGAGGAGCAGCCUGAAGAGACCGCUUCUCCAGAACCGGCUCCCAAGAAGAAGCGUGGACGACCCUCUCUAGACAAGAAAACAGCCGCCGAAGAACCAUCAGAAGCUGCCAGGGAGGACAUUGCGCCCAAGAAACGGGGAAGAAAGCCCAAGGGAAAGGCUUCCGAGGUCGAGAAGCCUGCACCCGAAGAGGAAGCGGAGGCUGAGGCCGAGGCCGAGGCCCCCACCAAGAAGAAACGUGGGCGCAAGGCAAAAACCACAGUGGAGGAGGCAGAAGAACCACCAGCUGAAGAGGAACCCGCGGCCGUCAAAAAGAGACGCGGUCGGCCCGCAGUGCAAGCCGAACCAGAGGCACAGCAGGCUUCACGGCCAGAGCCGAAAGAAGGAGGCCGGGGGCGGAAGGAGAAACAGCCUGUACCGGCAGAGGAGACAGCAGCCGAAAAACCGACCAAGAAGCGGCGGAAGAAAGGCGAGGAGGAGGAAGAAGCGUCACCAGAUACCCAACCUCGCCGGCCUGGCCGUCCUCGAACUUCGGAUGCAGCAUCUCCACAAGACCAAGCCUCUCAACCGCGCAAAUCCAAGAAACGCGCGGCGGAAGAUGCUACGACUGCAGAAGCCUCAGCACCCGCAAAGAAACGCCGGCGUCGUACAUCUGACGAAGUUCAACAAGAAAAACCACACCAGAAACAACAACAGCAGCUCCAGCAGCAACCCAAAUCCGAAGCCCCCAAAACGGUCCGACGGGACCCUAAACACCGCCACAUCGCCGCCCGCGUCCGCCAAGUCCCCCGCUCCGUAAUAGAAGAGAAAUGGUCCCCCCUCACAAACCCCUCCCUCUCCAUCGUCUCCAACCUCCUCCGCCUCGCCGAGCGCCCCGUCCUCCAGCGCAUCCCAGGCAGCGAAAAGCGCCGCGACCAAGCCGCCUCGGCCCUCCACCUCAUCACGAACCGUCUCGUCAAGAAACUCUCCCGCGGCCUGCCCUUCCCGCCGGCCUCGGCGCCACCCGUAGGAGGAGGUAGGGCCAAUCGUAGCAGCAGGAAGCUUCUCGACACGGACGGCGGACGCGUCGAGGAACUCAACUUUGAGCGCGUCAUCGAGGGCGUCGCGAGCCUCGAGAGGCAGCUCGAUCCCCUCCUCCACGCAGUGGACCUCCUCAAGGCCGAAAAGGAGCGCGAGGAGAAGGCGCUGGAGGAGGACUACGAGACCCUCCAAACGCUCGAGGCGAACGCACGCUCCGAAGCACGCAACUUCAAGGAUAGUCUCCGCAAGACGCACGUUCUUGUGCCGGAGGCCAGGAAGCCCGGUACUACAUCUACUUCCGCCUCCUCCUCCUCCGCUGCCGAAAACGUCGUCAAGCAUGACAACGAUCCAGACCUGAACUUUAUCGUCUCCGAAGAGGGCACCGGAAGCGGCACGCCGCUGUUCAAGGACCUCGAGGACGACGAGCUGCGCGGGCUGGCGGGGCAGGUCGGCAGCCACAUGGAGAGCAUGCGGGCCAACCUGCAGCAGAUUGACGGCGUCGUACCGCAGAUCGUCAAGAGCAGGGCCGCGCUGCAGGAUGUGCUGUUCAAGCACUUGGAUCAGCAGAGCUUUGAGAAUGUCUUGUUUGGAUGA